ACAAGCCGGUGGCUCCCAGAGCGGCCGGGGCGGGCGCGGCGGGAGCCCCCAGCGCAGCGCGGAGCGGAGCGCGGAGCCCACCUGCCCUCGGGACUCAGCAUCGCCCUGUUCCUCGCUCCGCACCUUUACUCCCCCCGCGUACUGAGAUCUUGAUAUACGUAUAUAUAAAAUUUUUUUAUUAUUAUUAUUUUUUUUUUUAAUAUCGCUCCCCCCCGGCUUUUCCUCCAGGACUUUUCCACCGCCUUGGGACACCCGCAAAACUUCUCCCUCGCUCCCCCUUUCCCUCCCGCCCUUCCUUUGCUGGUGGUUUGGUUUUUUGUUUUGCUGUUGUUUUUUUUUUAUAUAUAUUUUUUAUUUUUUGUUUUAAAUUUUUGGGGGAAGACCCGCCCGCGUUUCGCCUCCCGUGCCCCACCGGAGAGGCCGGGAGCGGCUCCGGGCGGCGCGGGCAGCACCUCCCCGGCGCACCGCGUGUGUGCCCGGCGGCCCGGCUCGGCUCGGCUCGGCGCGGCACGGCCCGGCUCGGCUCGGCGCGGUUCGGGCGCUCCCCCCCGAUAAUGCAGAGCUACAAGUACGACAAGGCGAUCCCGCCGGAGAGCAAGAAUGGGGGCAGCCCGGCGCUGAACAACAACCCGGCCAAGAGCAGCAGCAAGAAAGCCCUGCUCAUCUGCCUCGACUUCCUCUGCCUCGUCAUGGCUGGGUUGCCCUUCCUCAUCAUCGAAACGAGCACAAUCCAGCCCUACCAGCGGGGCUUCUACUGCGACGACGACAGCAUCAGGUACCCGCUGAAGACGAUGGAGACGAUCAAUGACGCAGUGCUGUGUGCUGCGGGCAUCCUCAUCGCCAUCCUCGCCAUCAUCACGGGAGAGCUCUACCGCAUCCACUACCUGAAGGAGAAGUCGCACUCCUUUAUCCAGAACCCCUACGUGGCUGCUCUCUACAAGCAGGUGGGCUGCUUCGUUUUCGGCUGCGCCAUCAGCCAGUCCUUCACAGACAUUGCCAAAGUGUCCGUCGGGCGCUUGCGGCCGCAUUUCCUGGAAGUUUGCGAUUUGGAUUUCUCCACCAUCAACUGCGGGAAGGGAGUUUACAUCCAAAACUACACCUGCAGGGGAAGCGACAGCAAGGUGCAGGAAGCCAGGAAAUCCUUCUUCUCCGGGCACGCGUCCUUCUCCCUCUACACCAUGCUGUAUUUGGUGUUUUAUCUGCAGGCCAGAUUCACGUGGAAGGGAGCCCGUCUGCUCCGUCCCCUCCUCCAGUUCACCCUCAUCAUGAUGGCGUUUUACACCGGCCUGUCCCGUGUGUCGGACCACAAGCAUCACCCCACCGACGUGCUGGCUGGCUUUGCACAGGGAGCCCUGGUGGCUUACUGCGUGGUGUUUUACGUCUCAGAUCUCUUCAAGCCCAAGACAAAGACUUGCCUGCCUCCACCGCCCAUCCGGAAGGAGAUCCUUUCACCUGUGGACAUCAUUGAGCGGAAUAACCAUCACAACAUGGUGUAGACCUUUGAGAAAUUGGAUGGGUGUUGUAUUUUAUUUUAAUUUUUUUUUUUUUUAUUUUUUUUUUUGCGAAAAAAUGACUGCUGACAGCAACUACCUGCUGCUCUCAAAUCUCAUCAGACAGUAGAAUGUAGGGAGAGACUUUCUUGCCCGACCAGUAAAGUCUUACUCUGUGGUCUUUUCAACUUGCGACAUUUGGAUGAAAGGGGUGGUGGUCAACUAAGUCAAAAGCGACGAUGAGAAAGGAAAAAACGCAAAACGCAAAAGCCGAACAAACAAAGAGAGGUGCCGGAGUUCUGGAUGUGCAAUUGGUUUGAGUGUUCAUGUUGUAGUGAACGCCAAAUUGUUCAUAGCCUAAUGAACACUAAGGGAUUUUUGGAAAGCUGGCCAUCUUAGGUUUUUUUGUUUUUUUUACUAUGAAGAUUUCCAAUGCCUGCGAGGAAAAAAACAAACAACUCACGACUAAAUUGUAUAGCACUAUAUACGAGAAACAGCACUGAGUCAAGAUCUGGGAUGGUUUGUAAGAGUUGCUUUUUUUUCUCUUUUUGAUACUAGUUUAUUUUUUUGCCUCCUCUAUUCCAUACUGUGACUUAGUUUAGAAGAAGCUUGCCCGGUCAAAGAUCUCCGAAGGGUCUCUGAUCACACUACACACGCCUUUAACGAGCAGUCCUGAGACGCGCAGUGAGGCUGAAUAACUCCAUCCUCCGCGCAGAGAAGCCACAUUUCUUCCUCUCCGCUCGCACCCUGGCGAGGGUUCGUCCUGCCUGAGCCCCCGGGGCGUGCGCAGCCCCCACAAAUGGCCCUUCAUGGAAAGAGCAUCCUCCGCUUCCUGGCCAUCCUCCAUCCCCUUCCCCCCCGCUUCCCAAAAAAAAAAAAAAAAUAAAUCACAGCAGAUUUUCUGUGCGCCCACAGGAGCUGGCGGUUCGCAAGUGGGUAGCGGCGGCUCUGCCGAAGACGCGUUGGCACUACGACCCCGGGGCUGAGUCCUGGGGAAACUUUUAUUCUGCAGUUUCGGGACGGGCUGCUGGGCGGCACGUCCCAGCCUGGGUGUCAGUCGGUUUGUGCAUCAUCAUCCUCCUCCUCCUCCUCCUCCUCCCUUGGGCACCCCGGUGCACGCCACGGCAGGUACCAGGUCCUGUGCUCCGCUCGGUGACACCGGCGGUAAAUCAGUCGUGCCUAUAUCCAGUGUGAUGACGAUGAUGAUUAUUAUUUUUUAUUUUUUUUAUUAUUUUUAUUUUUUUUUUGCCCGGAAACCACAGGUUCUCAGUUUGCAGCCCUUUCACAGAGCGCGUUUGCAAAGGGAUCCCGCAAAGCAUGCAGAACGGCCAUUUGCACAUCCUUCUUACAGAAUCCGUCCUAUCAUUUCAACUAUAGCAAGCUAUGAUGUUUUUUUUUUAUAUAUAAAUAUUAUAUAAAUAAUGUAUAAAACCUUAAAAAUUAACUAUGUAAAAUAUUAUUUCUGAAACAAUUUUAGAUAUAUCCACUAUGACUAUAAACUGUGUCCUGACCUGUGUUUAUUUACAUUUUGCUGCUUAAAAAAGCAUUGAAUUAAUUUUUUUUAUAGUCGACUAAAAUAUUGUAGUUCUGUGGUAGUAAUAUUUUAAUGAAAAUAACUACAAUUAGAGACAUUUGUAUAAAAAAAAAAAACAUAUUAAAUUGUCUGUAUUUUUGUAAUGUUCCAUUUUGUAAAGAGAAGAAUAUUCAAAGACUUUUGUAGAAUACAAAAUUGAAGUUUGUAUCUGCGAAAUUAUUGCUGUAUAAAUGUGCUUUUUAAAUAAAA